AUUCAGAGAAGACAGCUAUGUACUUGGAAACCAAACUCUAUGAAGGCACCUGCAGUGCAUGGUGGAGCUGGAGAAGGUGCUGAAAGGUUGAAGAAGUACAACCGGUGUUCCAGCCUAAUUUCAUUUUCAGAGGGGUCCAAAUUCAAGUCUAGUAAAGGCUAUCACUUCACAGAUCCCGUUAGAGGAGCUCCUCCUCAGUAUGUCCAGCGGCUUUCUCAACUGGCUGCUCUGGAAUGUGAAACCAUUCACCAAGAGAAAAAGAGAAAAGUCAGGCGGACCAAGAAACAUAGCACAACUUAACAGGCAUGGAGCAGGCUCCCUUGCAGCUACUAUGUUCCUCUGAUACCCACAGAACCUACUUUCAGACAGUAUAUAUUUUGAUCAGUGUCUAUCGUAUUGCCUUAAUAAUUAAUGUAAAAUACAAAAUCUUUGCUAUUAAAUAUUUUGUAUGUUUGUACAGAGGUGCUACCAUUUA